GCAACCCCAUCAGUGUGGUAUCUCUGCUGGUCAGCAUCAGCAUCUUGUGUAGCCAGGAGCAAUCAUGUCGAGGUCUUUCUACGUAGACUCUUUGAUUAUCAAGGAUCCUGUGCGCCCUGCUCUGAGCGAGCAUACGAGUCAAGAUUUUCUCAUCCCUAUCAGCAUGCACUCUCCCGGCGUGAUGAGCGUGACUGCACCUGUUUGCCCGUCCCGGAAGACCGGCACUUUCUGUGUCUGCCCGCUCUGCGUCACCUCGCAUAUCCACUCUCACCGGGGCGGAAUCCCACUACUGAAGGGACAGGGCUUCUCCGCCGGUGACGUGACUUUCUGUCAGAGGGUAGCACACCAACAGAGCACCGCGUUAGCUCACCCGGGACAUGGACACGCGCCUGUCUGCACGCCCACAAGCUACAGCGUCACUGACCCUCGGAGGUAUCACUGUCUCUCUCUAGGUGCGUCUGAUAACAGUCACAUACAGAACGGCAAACGGAUGCGCACCGCCUUCACCAGCACUCAGCUUCUUGAGUUGGAGCGCGAAUUCUCAUCUAACAUGUACCUGUCGCGCUUACGCAGGAUCGAAAUCGCAACGUAUUUAAACUUGUCAGAGAAACAGGUAAAAAUAUGGUUCCAAAACCGCCGCGUUAAACACAAGAAAGAAGGCAAAGGUACGCAGCGAAGUGCGCAUGCAGGAUGCAAAUGCUCAGGAAAUCACACACACUAUCCGCGCUCAGAAGACGAAGAAUCCCUGUCACCUGUCUCAGUCACAGAGGAGAAGGAGACUUCGCCCGUUUAGGGCCGACAGGAACAUCACUUACUUAAAUUUGAUACCACACAUUGCACAUUUCAACGACUGAAUUUAAGGGACGAUGUCUUUCCAUCUUUCCAUUACCCAGAAAGUAUGGAUGUUUACUGUCAAUUCAUCCAUGUUUGCUCUCAAAAAAUCGUUUUACUGCGACCCUUACCUGUCAAUUGUUUAAAUAUUCUUAUCUUGCUGCAUUAUGUGACAGAUUGUAAAAUGAUAAUUAAGUGAAAUAACGAUUUACAGUCUAUUUGAAGUAAAAAUGCUGUUGAAAUUGUUCAAAAUGACCACUGGCAAGCUGUCACCCCUGUUCUUUUAAGGGUAGGCCUUUGUUGGACAUAUUCAGUGUUGGAGAUGAGAAAAUAUUUCCUGUGUGAUAUAUUGUAAAUAUGCAGACUGUUAAUCUGUUCUAGACUACUGAGUUUGUUUUCACCUGAAUUUGAUGUGCAUAUUAAAUAAAAUGUGUAUAUUUGUAUUUA